GCCUCGCUCUCGUGACGGGCGGCAAAUGGCUCUUGCUCACAGCUGGUAUGUUAACACGGUCGAGUGGUGGAAGAGCACGCCGUAAAACAGACGCUCGAGGCACGAACAGGAGCUUUGGUCGGGUGUUGGCAGACGCGAGCUGGACGCGCAUGAACCUCGUCCCGGAGCAUCUCCAGACCCGGCAGCAUGGCGGACUCGCAACGGAAUCGGCUGUUGACACAUGCAACUUCUACACACACACACACACCACACACCCUUAGCAUGGCACCACCAUGCGAACCGGUCCAUAUCACAUGGAAGAACAUUUGUUUUAUUCAUCGGUCCUUUCUGAUACUGGCGUGGUUCGUCCGCUUUUCAAACCCUCACCCUCCGUACGUACCAUCCAACCAUCAUUUUCAUUCCUGCGUUUGGCCGACGCCUCACCGCCCCAUCCAAUUCAUGUUCCAUCUUUCAUUCCCCCUUCCAACGCAUCAAAGCAAAGUGCAGCAAAAAAAGACGAACAGAACGACUAAAAUCAACAACCAAAAAAAACCGGACAUACCCCUCACUCCAAAUCGUUACCUGGAUUGCUCGGGGCAUGACGCGUCUCUCAUCUAAUAGUGGGGUUGUAGGCAAGGGUGUGUUUGUGGGAAUCUUUGGGAUAAAAAUAAGAGUGCCCACCCAGAGGUAUAAAAUGGUUUGAUCGUACAAUAGUGCUACGAGAGUAACAAAACAAAACAAAAACAGCAAGGUGAAGUUGAUAAAAGA